ACUUAUAAUGAAAUAAAAGUUAUAUUAAAAUAAAAACAUUGUAUAACUUUGCAACCCUUCUUGCAACCCUGCAUGAUAAGAGAAAAAUCAAUAUCUGUAAUCUGUUGAAUUAUUAUCUUUACAACUAGCAUAUUAUAGACACUGGGCGUCUGGGCAUUGCAUUUAAAACUGAUUCUUAUACUAUUAUUAAAACAGUAAAUGUUUUUUUUUUAAACUACAAUAAUUAUCUAAUUUGUGUUUAGUUAAUUAAAUAAGCUUUUUUUCAUCAUGGCUUCUUUUGGUUUUGGUCUCAGCGAAAUAAUUAAUAUACCAUCAGUUUUUAAUGAAAAUAGUACUAAUACUACUUCAUUUACUGAGCAUGCAGUUUGGUGUAUUGAUUGGCGACCAUCACAACAUUGGAUGUUUCAGAUAGCUAAUGCUCUAUUCUUUGUAUCAUAUUCAGUGCCAACUAGCUAUUAUGGUAUAUUGUUUAUGCACUCAACUUUAAUUGCAGGUUUUCUUAUACUCAUUACUUGGGCAUGGAGAAUAGUGUGUGCGCCCGAUUUGUUCACUUGGAAUUUAUGUUUUCUUUUUAUAAAUAUUCUACAGCUAAUUUAUCUUAUUUAUCAAAGAAGACCGAUUAAUUUUAAUCCUGAACUUGAACAAAUUUAUCGUAGUAUGUUCAAGCCUUUCAAGAUUACUAGAAUUCAAUUCAAGAAAUUAGUGAGUGAACAAUUUGCUCAAAUUGUUACGUUACAUAUAGGUGAGGCUUAUGCUAUGCAAAAUAUCACAAAAACUGAUCGACUUGGACUACUUAUGUCCGGAAAAGCAAAUGUUCUCCAAGAUCAUCAACUUUUACAUCCUAUAGGACCAUGCGAGUUUUUGGAUUCUCCAGAAUUUGAGAGUAGAGGCUCCUCUGAAGACAAAUUUAAAGUUUCUGUAAUUGCAGCGACAACAUGUCGAUAUAUAUAUUGGCAAAGAUCAGCAUUAGAAUAUUUGUUUGUCAAAGAAACAUACUUAGCCACUGUGUUGGCUACUUUAAUUGCUAAAGAUAUAACCAUUAAACUUUAUUCUAUGAAUAAUAAAAUUAUGACAGAAAAAGGAUCAUAUUUAGAUAUCAGGUUACCAAGUAUUACUCCAGCUUUAGCAUCAAAAGAAUGUAAACCACCAAUUGUGAAAACAUUAAAAAAACUAGCUGUGGUCUCAUCACAUUGUCCAAAAUCACCUAUACCAGCUGCUGGUUUUUAAGGUGUUAUAGCAACUUGGCUGGCUGUUUUCUAGUGCGUGAGGUACUUAUCUAAAAGUAAAACAUUAUUUUAUUAGUUGGUCAGUAUUUUUUAACCUGAAUUUCUAGCUUGUGCACCUGACAUAAGUUGUUUUAAUUUAACUUACAAUUCCUGCAAGUGUUUAUGGUGUGUUUGUUGAGUAUGUAUUUUGCAGUUUUAACAAAUUGUAAAAUUUUAUGUUAUUUUAUAUUUUGCAUGUAUAAAUGUAUUUUGCACUCAUAUUUCUGU